AUGAUGUUAAGUUAUCCAGGGCUUUCAAAGCUCAAAACCAAGCAGGUUGUGUAUCAAAAUGCACUUUUGGCGCGUGAUUCUGGCACUCUUGAGCAGCUCAAGGAGUUGAGUUCCAAGCGUAAAGCAGUCGAGGAGUCCAUUAAUGAGAACAGCUUUGUUACAGAGGCUAUUGCACGGGAAAUGUCCGGGGGACUGACAUCCCGUUGUGAACAGGGCAUCCAGAAAUUGGAAAAUUAUCUACCUUUAUUGGAAAACCUUGUUCACCAUGUCGAUCUUCUCAGCAACAAUAGCCGUAUGACUUGCUGGAUUUCUGACCUGAAAAUAAGUUGGAGCAGCUCUCUUACUUCAUCGUCUAUUUUUCACCUUAAUGGUCCAAAGUUCUAUCAGAUUAAAGACUUACGCUUUGAACUCGGAAUGACCCUUUUCCUUUAUGGUGCAAUGCUUCGAGAACGGGCUCUACAACUUCUAUCAACGGAUUUGGUGCGAUCUGCCACCAUCCUCAGAAAAGCUUCCGGCGUGUAUCAUUAUUUAGCUCAUGAGGUUCUUCCCCCUUUACAGACUGCAUUGCCCCAAGAAAGGCCCCCAGAAGGUACAUCUGGCGUCUCUUCUGUAAUGAGCCUUAUUUGCUUGGCAGAUGCCCAGGCUGUUACUGUAAAGAAGGCUGAAGAAAAUGGUAAUACUGGAGGGCUUUUGGCAAAAUUGCACUACGAAGGCUUAAGAAAUGAUGGUCAAAUUGGAACCGCAGUUGGAGUUCUUCGACUGGCAUUAGCAAAUGCAAAGAGUAUGCCAAAAGAAGAGUCGUGGCGAUUAGUAUCUAAGCAGGUUAUAGAUGACUUGACUGGGCUGCUCCGAAAGUAUGAGCAUGAGAACGAUUUCGUUUGGCAUGAGAAGGCAAACAAGAUUGAUAGAGCUGGAGCAGAAGAAAGGAAGUGGAAAGGACUGCCGACUGUUACUGUGAGUGUGAGACAGUUCAUUGUCCCCAUGAGAAACAGGGAACUCGAUAGUAGAGGGCUUCUAGGGACUUUUAAUAAGGCUGAAGGAACCAUAGGAUCAUUCAAGGAAAUUUUGUCGAAAGAACUACCAGAUGCAAAAGUGCUAGAGCCUACUCCAGGGUACCAUUGA